AUGGCGUCGCUGCGGGAGGGGGGCCGCUACGCCGUGUCCUGCGGGAAAGCGGCGGACAACGUCUCGGUACUGCACGUCAAGCUGACCGAGACCGCCGUGCGGGCGCUGGAGAGCUACCAGAGCCGCAAGGAUCUUGUUCCUUCUCAACCUUCAAUUCAGUUUCAAGGACGCCAAGGGCUUAUUAAAAUUCCCAAAGUUGAUCACCCAAAUGAAUCGCAUACAUUUAACUUCUACUUGUCAAAUGUUGGCAAAGAUAACCCUCAGGGAAGCUUUGACUGUAUCCAGCAAACUGCCUCAAGUUCUGGAGCCUCACAACUGAGUAGCCUGGGAUUUAUACAGAAUAAAAUUACAGUAUGUGCAACAAAUGAUUCCUAUCAGAUGACCAAAGAGCGCAUGACCCAAGCAGAAGAGGAAUUACGCAAUCGAAGUGCAAAGGUUAUUAAGCCUGGUGGACCAUAUUUAGGAAAAAGAGUACAGAUAAGAAAAGCACCACAAAGCAUUCCAGAUCCUGUGCCUGAAAGGAAGAGGUCAACACCCAUAAACCCAGCAAAUACAAUACGGAGGACUCAUGCAAACAAUGCUGUUUCUCAGCGACCAUACAGAGACAGAGUGAUUCACUUACUGGCAUUGAAGACCUACAAGAAACCAGAGUUACUUGCUCGUUUGCAGAGAGAUGGUGUCAACCUGAAGGACAGGAAUUCUCUUACAGCUAUCCUGCAGCAGGUAGCCAACUUGAAUCCCAAGGAUAAUUCUUAUACUCUGAAGGAUUAUUUAUUUAAAGACAUUCAGAAAGACUGGCCUGGAUACAAUGAAGUUGAUAAACAGACAUUGGAGUUAAUACUUUCUAGAAAAGUAAAUUCAUCUCAGAGUACCACCAGCACCAGUCAUUUGGGAUCUCCUGUAACUUCUAGUAAAGAUGCUGCAUCAGCUUCUCCUUCCCAGAAACGGCUCUUGGAUUUCAACUUCAUUGAUCCCCUGAUGAACAAGAAGCCGAGGAUCUCCCACCUCAACAGUCGAGUCCAGCCGUCCUUGAGUGGACCCCCACCUGCCCCCAGCAAGAAGGCAACCCUUGCCACUGCAGCACCUGCCCCACCAUCCUUGCCUGCCGCCCACCUGCCUGCCUCCAAUCCGCCCCAGACUGCCAGCUCAAUCUCCCCCAGCACACCUGAGGGGCGUGGGAUGCAAGAUCUGCCUGUAGAUAGCAUCAGCCAAAGUGGCAGUAGUGUCUUCAAGCACCAGCAAGAAAAAUAUACCUCUCGGACUCCUUUGGAAACCCCAGCGCCUGCCGCUGGUAAAUUGGAACAUCCCACAUUUGCAGGUGAAGAAGAUGUGUUGUGCAAGAAGUCCAUGAAGAAGGCCAAAAAGCAUAAGGAGAAGGACCAAAUCAAAAAGCAGGACACUACAAGAGAGCAGAAAGAUGAAGGACUACUUGAAAGCAAAACGGACCUUAGAAAAGAGGAGACUGCCAUGAUGAAAAGCCCCUCUGGUUUGGAGUCAGAUGAAGGAGUUGAAAAAACGUGCGCUGCCUCCACAGAUUCUCCUUCAUCAACAAAUGAACUACCAGACUACUUCAAAAAAUACAUAGCUAUAGUCUCAUAUGAGCAACGCCAGCGUUAUAAGGAUGACUUCAAUGCAGAGUAUGAUGAAUACAGGAGUUUGCAUGCUCGAAUGGAGAGUAUCACCAGAAAAUUCAUGAAGCUUGAUGAACAGCGAAAACAGCUUUCUCCAGGGUCCAAGGAAUAUCAGAUGCUUCAUGAGGAAGUCCUAGAAGAGUAUCGAAAGAUACAACAGUCUAGUCCCAACUAUCGUGAAGAGAAACACAGAUGUGAAUAUCUCCAUAACAAGCUGUCUCACAUUAAAAGACUUAUAAGUGAAUUUGACCAACAGCAAUCAGAGUUACGGCACUAGUCUCCUGCUCAGACCAGCAUAUGUGAAUGAAUGGAAACUUAUUUAUUUAAAAUUCCAUAUGAGUUGCUCUAAGAUUCUAAGAUUGAACUUUUGCAUUACAAAAGUUUUUCAGUAUUAGUUUACUUGAGUUGACUACUUCUGUUGUUGAUGUUGUUUAUAUGCAUAUUUGAAGCUGCUUUCUCUGGUCCCUUUUUUUCUUCAAGACUUAUGUUUGUCCAUUUAAAUCAUUUUAUCAGUAGGUGCUGGGACCCAGUACAUCUACUGUGAAGUUGUGCACAUUUUAAGAAAAUAGUGUAGCGAACUGAAAUACUUUUGGAUAAAUAUAAGGCUAUUUUUCUGACCUUUCUUGUUAAUGCAAACUCUUUGCCUUAAAUGGUAGAAGGUUUAGAAAUUUGCACAAAAAAAAACCACAAAAAGAAAAAAAAACAAAAAACAAAAACAUUGUUUUGGAGGGUUAAAAAGGUGUUGUAUAUAAGUCUAUAUACAGCCCGUCUUUGUUACUAGAGAAACUCAUCACUGCAACUUAAACCCCCCAUCGCAAUGGUUGCCUUAAGGUGUUUGCUUGUGUGUAUUUAGUGUAGUUAAAUUAUUAGCUACACUGCUUCCCGCCUGCUGAAACACCUGGGAAGCACUACAUGGCCUACCGGUGUCUGAAAGUGUGUGCCUGUUCUGUGUGUAUGCAAAAAUGUGUGGGUGUGAGCAUGCAUGAUGAGGAGGGGAAAAAAAAGAAAAAAAAAAGCUGCUACUCCAACUACUCUAAGUAGGCCAGACAUCGCUCAGGUUAAAACAACUGACGAGUGUUCCUCUAGAAUUUUUUCCUAUAAAAUUGCUACUUCUAUUGUGGAAGAUGAGAGCAUUUCCAUUUCAAUAGUUUGUCAGCUUUAUUAAUGUUGGUAAAAAAUUGAUACUUUACAAAAAAUUAAACAGAUAUAUAGUUUUUGGGCAAGAUUAUAAAACUAAACAUGUAGGCUACCUAUUUAUAUACUGCUAUAAAGUAUUUUUUGAAGAGAGUUAUGCAAAGAAGCUAUUGCCUACAUGAAAUGUAUAUUUAAAGAUUUCUGUCCUGGGUGCCAGGAAUAUAACAAAGAACAGAUGUAUUUAACUAUGAAAUACUGUGAUCACAAAACAGCACAAAUUUUCAUUUCAUGCAGUUUUUAUUUUAUUUUGAUUUAAAUCAUUGCUUGCUUUGUCAUGUGAAAACACGGGUUAUCUGGUCGGAAUAGAGCAAAAUCUUACUUCGUCUUACGUUUGUCUUUUCAAAAUACAGCCAAUUGAAAAGGGAAGCACUAUGUUUACAAAUAUGAUUUUGGAAUGUUUGCCAAAAUAGUGGUAGUAUCUCUAAUAAACUUUAUCUCCAGCAUUAGGAAAAAAAAAAAAAAAGACAACAAAAACAAAACAAACAAAACCCACAGAAAAA